AUGCAAGCGCGAAGCUAUUGGGAACAAAACGGUCAAUGUGAUCGGGUGCACUUCCGACCGGUCAUAUUCCCGCAAACAAACCCGUCAUUAGGACACUGUGGGUAUCUGAGUGCUUGUCAUCGGAAGACGACAUGCAAGUAUGUGCAUUAUGAAAUCGACACCAGCCCACCGCAUGCUCCAUUCGUUUGGGAGUGCACGAGUUCUAAGCCGUAUGCAAUUGAUUCGGAUGAGGCCAAGUAUGCUUCUAUUCAUGGGCCUUAUACACAGUUGAAGCGUAUGGGCAUGGAUGCAUGGCUUCAUUCAGCAUUGUGGGAUUCAUUGCGCUCACCAUUUGUCGCGCAAUGGAUUGAUUGUGAUGUGCGUGACUUUGACUUGUCUUCACUUGGCAAGUUUGAUGUUAUCCUUGCAGAUCCCCCAUGGGACAUUCAUAUGUCAUUGCCCUACGGCACCCUGUCGGACGAGGACAUGCACGCACUUCAGAUCCCAGCACUACAGGACGAAGGCUUGCUUUUUCUGUGGGUUACUGGGCGUGCUAUGGAGUUGGGCCGGCACUUGCUGAGGCAGUGGGGUUUCGUUCGUAUUGACGAGUUGAUAUGGAUAAAAACGAAUCAGAUGGAAAGGCUUGUGCGAACGGGGCGCACGGGACAUUGGCUCAAUCACUCGAAAGAGCAUUGUCUUGUGGGUAUACGCGGUACCAAGGCGAACACAUAUCGCAGCGCGUGUGCAGCUGGACAGCUACCGCCUUUGCUUCCAUGGAUGCAUGCUGGAUUGAAUACGAAUGUGAUGGUGUCUCAGGUACGCGAAACGUCUCGCAAACCAGAUGAAUUAUAUGCUAUGAUUGAGCGAAUCUGCCCGGGCGGUCGAAAACUCGAGCUGUUUGGCCGGCGGCAGAACAUCCGUCCAGGAUGGGUCACGCUCGGCAAUCAGCUCAAAAGCACGCAUGUUGUCGAGCCGAUCCUAUGCCGUGCUGUAGACGUGUAUCAGGCGAAGCAAUGCUCAAGGACGCAUUGUUUUCCAGCCGGUGAUUCUUUGAAAAAUGCCACUCUUGAGCACCAGAGUUGA